GCGACGCCGACGGUAUUGCGACUGGUGUGCAUUUUCCAUUGGCAUCAUGAAAACUCCGAGCGGGAUGUCGGUCGUGGAGGUGGCCGCUGUGUUUACGCUCGGUGUGGUGACCGCCGCCGUGGGGCAGUACCUCCUGGCGCAGCAACAACCACGGCGCGCUGCGAAGCCCCUGGCCACGCCGUCGGCACCACAACCCGUUGCUGCAACCUCAGCGGACGCUGCGCUGUCCACCGAGCAGUUCAGCCGCAUCUGUUCGUUUUUUGGAGAAGAAGGGUUUGAGAAAAUCCAAAAUGCGUUUGUGAUUGUGAUUGGUCUUGGCGGCGUUGGGUCACACGCCGCCCACAUGCUGGCGCGGUCGGGUGUCCGCCAUCUGCGCCUCAUUGACUUUGACAACGUUACGCUGUCGUCGUUGAACCGCCACGCCGUCGCCACCCGCGCCGACGUCGGCCUCUCUAAAGCACAAGUGCUCAAGCAACGACUGCUGGAAAUCGUUCCUCAGGCCAACAUCGAAGCCGUGCCCGUCAUGUUCGAAGACGCUGUGGCCGAUGAACUCCUCGCCGGCAACCCCACAUACGUGCUGGAUUGCAUCGACGAUGUCACGACCAAGGUGGCGCUGCUGACAGCCGCCAGCGCCAAAUCUCUCAAGGUCAUCACAGCGACGAGCGCUGGGGCGAAAGCCGACCCGACUCGCAUUCACAUUGGCACUCUCCACGACUCCGUUCGCGACAACCUGGCAACGAAGAUCCGUUAUUUCCUCAAGAAGAAGGGUGUCGACGCGUCAACCAUUACGACCGUGUACUCGAGCGAGAAGAGCCGAUGCAAGCUCCUCCCGCUCGACUCGGACCAAGUCGAUAACCCGAACCAGUUUGGCAACGUCGAAAACUUUCGGAUUCGCGUGAUUCCAGUCCUCGGCACGAUGCCGGCGAUGUUUGGUCAGUCCAUGGCGGCGUUUGUGCUGACAGAGAUCGCGGGGUCACCGAUCACGCCUGAAAACGUGGCAAAGCUCGGGCGCGACCAGCGCAACAAGUACUACCAGCGGCUGCAGCAGCGCGAAAAGGACGCCGGCUUCGACUCAAAGAUUGCUGUUGACAAGGACGACAUGGAUUUCAUCUACCAAGAAGUGUGGAAGGCGCGCAGCUCGGUGAGCGGCAUCCGAUGUGGCGGCUUCGACCGCAUGUUCAUGUCGCGAUGGCGCUACGAGCUGCCGCUUAGUCCGGGCAACAUUGUGAUCCUAACGACCAAGGAAAUGGCGCUCAUGGACGACAAGGGCAUCGAAGCGUUCGGUGCCGAUGUCGUCGCCCGCAUCGACGCGCGAUUGCAGUCGUUCGGGACCUGGGACGUCAGCGCUUAGAGAGACCGGUACAACGAACACCGUCGUGGCCUUUAAUUCAAAGUUGGAUUGCCGCAUCGUACACACAGUUCACGAGCACAACCAAAACACCAUUCACAAG